AUGGGUUUCCGAUUACCUUCUAUUAGACGUGCUUCUUUUAUAGGUAGCCAAGCAUCGUCAAAAGCUUUGAAUGUGCCACCAAAAGGUUAUUUUGCAGUGUAUGUUGGAGAGAAAAUGAAGCGCUUUGUUAUCCCUAUGUCUUAUUUGAACCAACCUUCAUUUCAAGACUUGUUGGGUGAAGCUGAGGAAGAAUUCGAAUAUGAUCAUCCGACGGGCGGCCUCACAAUUCCUUGUUCCGAAGAUAAGACUUUUCAUAAUUUGGUCAAUAAGUGGUUGUUCAAGCAAGAUGCUGUAUGCUCGUUCAAGAAUGAUAAUGGAAUCAAGAACCUCCUUGCUUUCUCUCCAACAUACACGGCAAGAUACCCUUUUGGGACUUCAACUUGUUUGCUAGAUGAUGAUCGUCUAAUACCAGGAUUAGAAAGAGUCUGCACAGAAGUUAAAACCAUUGAAUAA